AUGAAGAGCCUGCUCCUCGUAGUACUGUUGGCAGCGGCAGCCUCAGCCGCCAUCGUCAGCCAGGACAUAGCUGAGGUACCUGAGGCAGUCGUCACGUAUGAGAGCAUUAUGUACAGCGAUGAUGCUGAAGUGGCUGAAGUGGAGGCUGGUAGCAGAAGCGUAGAGAUCGAGAGUCGUCGCAUCCUCAACUUGGGAAACAUCGGCAACAGCAGGCUGCUCGCCAAAUCCAACCACGUCAGACGCGGGAAGCCAAAUGUGACUUACGUACAGAAUGUAACUUUCCGGACCGGUUCGCAUCUUAUUACGGCUAUCCAUAUCACACAUAUUGGCCCUAUGCAAGGUUCCAGAGCAUCCAUAAUUGCUGGAGGACUGAAUCGCAACUUUGUGACCAUCAAGCUGCAAUCCGCUAGAGGUCGCGGCUACAACUUCAGGAUUCGAAUCUACGGACGCUGA